AUGGGCGCCGCCGCGUGGGCAUUGUUGCCCGUGCUGCUGCGUGCGUCUCUCCUGCUGCUGAUUCUGCCGCUCCCGGGGCUGCCCGCGGGCUCCUGGGACCCGGCCGGUUACCUGCUCUACUGCCCAUGCAUGGGGCGCUUUGGGAACCAGGCUGAUCACUUCUUGGGCUCCCUGGCUUUUGCAAAGCUGUUGAACCGCACCUUGGCUGUACCCCCUUGGAUUGAGUACCAGCAUCACAGGCCUCCCUUCACCAAUCUGCAUGUGUCCUACCAGAAGUACUUCAAGCUGGAGCCCCUCCAGGCCUACCAUCGAGUUAUCAGCCUGGAAGACUUCAUGGAGAAGCUGGCACCCACUCACUGGCCCCCUGAGAGGCGAGUGGCUUACUGCUUUGAGGUGGCAGCCCAGCGAAGCCCUGAUAAGAAGACAUGCCCCAUGAAGGAAGGAAAUCCCUUUGGCCCAUUUUGGGAUCAGUUUCAUGUGAGUUUCAACAAGUCUGAACUUUUUUCCGGCAUUUCCUUCAGCGCCUCCUACAAAGACCAGUGGAUCCAGAGAUUUUCUCCAAAGGAGCAUCCAGUGCUCGCCCUGCCAGGAGCCCCGGCCCAGUUCCCCGUCCUGGAGGAGCACAGGCCGCUCCAGAAGUACAUGGUAUGGUCAGACGAGAUGGUGAGGACGGGAGAGGCCCACAUCCGCACCCACCUCAUCCGGCCCUACGUGGGCAUUCACCUGCGCAUUGGCUCCGACUGGAAGAAUGCCUGUGCCAUGCUGAAGGAUGGGACGGCGGGCUCGCACUUCAUGGCCUCCCCGCAGUGUGUGGGCUCUAGCCGCAGCGCGGCCGCCCCUCUCACCACGACGAUGUGCCUGCCUGACCUGAAGGAGAUCAGACGGGCUGUGCAGCUCUGGGUGGGCGCGCUGAGCGCCCAGUCGGUCUACAUCGCCACGGACUCUGAGAGUUACGCGCCUGAGAUCCAAGAGCUCUUCAAAGGGAAGGUUAAGGUGGUGAGCCUGAAGCCUGAAGUGGCCCAGAUCGACCUGUACAUCCUUGGCCAAGCUGACCACUUUAUUGGCAACUGUGUCUCCUCCUUCACUGCCUUCGUGAAGAGGGAACGGGACCUCCAGGGGAGGCCGUCCUCUUUCUUCGGCAUGGACAAGCCCCCUCAGCUGCGGGAUGAGUUCUGAUCCUGGCUGGAGCAAUCGCCAGUCUGAGCUGGUUCUGCUUGCCAGGCCUGGCAGCCAGCAGUGUUUGCAGCAUUGAUUCCCAAGAGUAUAAGCUCUUCUGUUCCCCUGCCAGAGACAGAAGAGCACAGGGACUUCUGGAGGAGAAGGACUCCAUCUCCCAGGGCACAGGGCUUUCAGGCUCCUGGAGCCGGAGCAUCUCCCCUCCCUGUGUGCCUCCUGCUGCUUCUCUUGUGUGUGGGAAUUUCGCACACUGCCAAAGCAGUCCAGCCUCUGUCUUUUGGUCUGCCCUGCUCUGAGCAGCCUGGGGGGCUAAUCUCUUCAGCAAUUUUUUAUAUAGAGAGAAACAGAGAUUCUCAUAGUUUUGAUACAAGAUCAUGAUUACCCAAGAACUCUCCCUCAUUUUUUAAAAAUUAGUGACUGUCAUUAGCAUAGAUACCUAAAGUGACCUUGAAUGAGGAUGAGGCCGUGGUAGAGUGGUUGUAAUGACCCUUUUUCCAGAUGACCCAAAGUAGCUCCUAGACCAGGCCAGAGCCAUCUCCCCGGCCUGGCCAGAGCCAUUGUCAGCCUGUCUUUGAGGCCAUGUCCUGGGUUCGGGGCAUGAGCACUUGUCUCCACUGUAAACACUAUGCAAAUAGAAGUUAGUGAUCAGGAUACUGUGCGGCGAUCCGCUCCGCAGACACUGAGUCCUGCCCCCACAGCACAUUCCAAGCAAGGAGUAAGUGCUGUCGAGCACGACCGACCAUCGUGGUAUUGCUGUCAGAGUCUCCUAGUGGCUGGUGACCUGCCACAAACCUGGCUCCGUUGAGAUCUUGGAGCACCGGGGGCCAGGGCUGGAUGGCCUGGUGGCAUCCUUCUGAAGGCUGCCCUACCCCCUUUCAUCUGUCUCCCAAGGGGCCUGGUUAUAGAAUUUUACCAUUAAGUUGCUGUCCAAGGCCUGUCCCCCCAGCCUCCCUCCUGGGCCUGGAACCCUCAGGCUGUAUUCUCAUUAGGGCAUGUAUGCUAAGCCUCUGACCAGAUGGGAGUUGCCCCUGACCCAGAAGCCAUCAGAUUGCCAGUCUGCCUCUUCCCAUCCAGUGGAAUCUCUGCCAACCCCAUGAGGCUUAAGUCAUGAUUUUCUCUGUCUCUCAGAUGCUAGAGUUGUGAUAAUCCAUGACUCCUAAGAGUCUGUGGUGUUUUCGCCUUGUGGUUCUGAAAUUCAUGUCCAACACCUGCUGGUCUCUUCCCUACCAUGUGGCUUCCCUUGGCCUUCGAUCCUAAGAAGGUGGAAGAAACUGAUGAGAGCCAGUUCCAGAGCUCCACGCAGGGCUUCCCCCUCAGAUUACCUUUGGGAAGAAACACUGUCUCUGUCGAGGCCGACCGGGCCAGUGGUUGCAGAGCAAUAAGGAUCUCAAACACUAAAGGUGGCAUUUGCUGCUUAGACCUGUUGCCCAACUUGAGGCGGAGAAACGAGAAAGGGCUUUUGUGUUUUCCCUCUUGGGAAAACAGUAGAAUGUUCUAAAUCCUGGGUGGACUCUGAGAGAUAGCUUGUCUGUCCAGACUUGUUCAUGAGCUUCGUUCAGAGGUGCAGGAGCCUAUGCACCCCUGGCUCCAUGGGGUCGUUGGGCAGGAGGGGCUCACUGGCUGCUUUUGUUGGCUGAAUUCAUUUGCCGAUCACAGGCUCACACUAGGCACAUGCUUUAGAGUCUGGGGCUCUAACGGGCCGUCCAGACCACUUUGAUUAGCAUCGGCCGUGGUAACAGCUGUGUUUCUGGACAAGAGGGUGCCGGGGUUGUAGUCAGAUUCAGUUGUAUUCCAUAGGUAAGCACUUUGCUCCUCUUUGACCCAGUUGCCUCACCUAUGAAAAUGGUGAUAAAACCGACAGGGUUGUUGAAAGGCUCCCAUCAGAUAAAGCAGGUGUGAGAGCGCUUCGUAAACUGGAAAGAGCCAAAGGCACGUACACAGCUGCUGAUUAAUUUGACGGCCUCUUGUCGCAUACCUACUCUGUGCCCGGCACUGUGCUUGUUAGGUGCUUUAUGGGAACUGAGUCCCGCCUCCAGCCCUGGGGAGUAGGAGCUGUUAAUAUCUUUCUCCUUCUGCACAGGGAAAAACGAACGCUCAGAAAAUUCUCAUAAUUUUCUUAAGGCCACAUAGCUGGCGGUGGUAAGCCAGCAUCUGACCUCCCAAAGCCAUUACCGUUAGCCGCACACCUUACUGCCACCAGUUCACAGGAUGCACUGUGUGUAGACCUCGGGUGGGAGAACGAUCAGCCACUUUAGUUCCUACUGGGCUCCUGCUACGUAUGGGUCUGUCACUGCCAGGAGGUUUGGGGGAAGGAGAAUCACCCAGGAAAGAAAGCCCGCAUGAAGCUUACAGUUCUUUUGGGUAGUUAUUUAGUCCACCAUUCUUUCAUUCAAAUCUGCUGUGUGCCCGGCACCAUGCUAGGUACAAGGAUUGCAGAGAAUCAGACAGAAAGCCUUUGUUCUCAAGGGAUUUGUAUUGUAGUAAGUAUAGGACACAAGGAACAAAUGUAUCAGGGAAGGUAUUGACUAACCGCUAAGAAGAAAAAUAAAGGGUAUGGGGGAGUUGAGAGAGGGAGCAAUGCUGUUUUGGAUGAGGAGUUCAGGUAAGGCCUCUCUGAGGAGUCACCAGGAGGAAGGAAGGGGCCACUCAUUCAGAUACCUGGAGGCAGCACAUUCCAGGCAGAGGAAACAGCAGGUGCAAAGGUCCUGAAGCUGGAGUGAGUGAGUGAAACAUGUCAGGGAAGCCAGCAUGGUUGGAGUAGCCAGAGCAGGCAAGGUCCCAUAUCCUGGAGGGCAGUAGUAAAGGCAAGACUUUUACUGGGACAAAUGGGAAGCCUUUGCAGGAUUCUGAAUGGAGGAGGGUCAUGAUCUGUUUACACUUUGAAGGACCCCCCAGCUGCCACAUGGAAAAAAGAUGGGAGGUGUAGAAGCGGGGAGACCAGUGCAGGGCUGAUGCAGGGAUGCAGGCUGGACAGUGGGCCUCGGGCAAAGAUCAUUGCAUUGAGUGGGAAGUGGGCAGAUUCUGGAUAUAUAAAAUUAUUUUUAAAGUUCACACUUUUUAUUCUUUUAAGAUGUUAUUUUUAAGUAAUCUCUACACCCUACGUGGGGCUCAAACUUAGAACCCCGAGAUCAAGAGUCAAAUGUGACUGAGCCAGCCAGGCGCCCCAUUAAAUUUCAAUCUUUUUUUUAAGAUAGGAGUCUUUGUAUAGUUUUAAUCAUGCAGUGUAUACAAUUUAAUGUCUUCUUUUUCACUUAAUAGUGUAUCACCUUUUCCGUGUUGGUACAUGGCCUGAGUAAAUAUUUUUAAUGACAAGAUUCCUUUGAGGAGUGUCCCACAGUUUAUUGUCCUAUUAGGAGAACUUAGUAUGUUCCAAAUUUUUCACUGUUAUUAUUUUAAUAAUAUUUUUUUUGCACAUUUUUUCCUGUAUCUAAAAUGUUCAUUAAGAUAAAUUCCCAGAAAUGGAUUUUAGGUCAAAGACGUAAAGAUAAAAAAUUUUUAUUAUGAAAAAAUUCAAAUCUACAUAAAAAUUGUGAAUAAUAAAAUGAACUCCCAGCUUCAACAAUCCUCAGCA